GCGCUAGGACCGCGCGGAACGUGGCGGGCGGCGGCUGGGCCGGGCUUGGACUCCCUGGCCGGGUCGGGCGAGGCGGCUGCUUGCGACGGCGCUUGGCUCGCUGCAGGCCCGGAGGACGAGCAGGAGGAGGAGAACAGGGGACGAUGCCGAGCAAGAAGAAGAAGUACAACGCGCGCUUCCCUCCGGCUCGAAUCAAGAAGAUCAUGCAAACUGAUGAGGAGAUCGGGAAAGUGGCCGCCGCUGUUCCUGUGAUUAUCUCUCGGGCACUGGAGCUCUUUCUAGAAUCCUUGCUGAAGAAAGCUUGCCACGUGACACAGUCCAGAAACGCCAAGACGAUGACAACCUCGCAUCUGAAGCAGUGCAUAGAGCUGGAGCAGCAGUUUGACUUUCUGAAGGACCUGGUUGCUUCCGUGCCAGAUAUGCAAGGAGACGCAGAGGAUAACCAUGUGGAGGGGGAGAGAGUCUCCAGGAGGGGUCGGAAACCUGGCAGUGGGCGGAAGAACGGCGGCACGGCAGGCAAGGGAAGGGAUGCAAAGCAGUCCGGCACGGACUCGGAGCAAGAGGAUGACUCAGAAGACAGUGAGAGUAACGGGGAGGAGGAAGUGUCCCAGACCGCUCCCUCUGCGCGACCCGCCACGCAUCUUCCCACGGCUCCAGCUCCGUAUUUACAUUUCACCUCCCCGCCGCCGGUUCCCGCAAUACCUCUGCCCGUCUCUGCACCAACAGGCGCUAUGCCAGUUCCGCCUCCACCUGUGCCGCCUGCCCCAGCCCAGGAAGACGAGGAGGAGGAGGAUUACGACUCCUAGCCCCAUUUCUGUUUUCACUGCUGCCACU